UAAGAACGCCUACGGGGUGCACGUGGAGCGGCGCAACGCUGCGAGGUUGCGUUUUGGGCUUGAACCUACCUAUCAGUAAACCAAAGCUUCAGGUGCUUUUCUUGUAGUACCAUGGGGCGCAAGUUGGAUCCUACGAAGGAGAAGCGUGGUCCAGGCCGAAAGGCUAGAAAACAAAAAGGUGCUGAGACAGAACUGGUCAGGUUCUUGCCUGCAGUUCUCGGUGGACACAACAUCUUUGUUGCUGGUGAUGAAAAUUCCAAGAGGCUGUCUAGUCGUGCUCGAAAGAGAGCAGCCAAGAGGAGGUUUGGGUCUGUUGAAGUCCUUAAAACUUAUAAGUCUUCUGGGGCCAAACCAUUGUCUGGAAAGCUACCAAAAGGAGUGGUCCAGACACCUGAUAAGAAGGGUGCUCAGUCCUUAUUUAAUGUUGGUCGAGGCAAGAAACGCCUAGCACCAGACCAUAGUAGUGAUGAGGAAGAGGAUGAGGAAGUCUCUGAAGAAGAUGGUGUUGUGAACCAGGGGAACCUCUGGGACUCUGAGGACAGUGAUACCGAUAUGGUAGAUGACUAUGGAGCUGACUCCAACUCAGAGGAUGAAGGUGAAAAGUUGCUGCCCAUUGAAAGAGCUGCUCAGAAGCAGAAGGCUCAGGAAGCUGCUGUUGGGGGCCAGUGGAGUGAGGAGACUGAUGAAGAGGAAGAGGGGGAAGUGUCCCCUCUGUCAGGCCCCACAAAGGAUGAGGAGGCAGAUGGGGGCCUGCAGAUCAAUGUGGAUGGGGAAGAGCCAUUUGUGCUGCCCCCUGCUGGGGAGAUGGAGCAGGAUGCCCAUGCUCCAGACUUGCAACGAGUUCACAAGCGGAUUCAGGAUAUAGUGGGAGUGUUGCGGGAUUUUGGGGCUCAGCGGGAAGAAGGUCGGUCUCGUUCUGAAUAUCUGAAUCGGCUUCAGAAGGAUCUGGCCACGUAUUACUCCUAUGGAGACUUCCUGCUUGGCAAGCUCAUGGAACUCUUCCCUCUGUCUGAGCUGAUAGAGUUUUUAGAAGCUAAUGAGGUGCCUCGGCCCAUCACCCUCCGGACCAAUACCUUGAAAACCCGGCGUAGAGACCUUGCUCAGGCUUUGAUCAAUCGUGGGGUUAACUUGGAUCCCUUGGGCAAGUGGUCAAAGACUGGACUCGUUAUAUAUGAUUCUUCAGUGCCCAUUGGUGCUACUCCUGAAUACCUGGCUGGACACUACAUGUUGCAGGGAGCCUCCAGCAUGUUGCCUGUCAUGGCCUUGGCGCCGCAGGAACAUGAGCGGAUCUUGGACAUGUGUUGUGCCCCUGGAGGAAAGACCAGCUACAUAGCCCAACUGAUGAAAAACACUGGUGUGAUCCUUGCCAAUGAUGCCAAUGCUGUGCGGCUGAAGAGUGUUGUGGGUAAUCUGCACCGGCUGGGAGUCAUUAACACCAUCAUUAGCCACUAUGAUGGACGACAGUUCCCCAAGGUGGUCGGGGGCUUUGACAGAGUAUUGCUGGAUGCUCCCUGUAGUGGCACUGGGGUCAUCUCUAAGGAUCCAGCUGUGAAGACUAACAAGGAUGAGAAGGACAUCCUGCGCUGUGCUCACCUUCAGAAAGAGUUACUCCUGAGUGCUAUUGACUCUGUCAAUGCCACUUCUAAGACAGGAGGCUACCUCGUCUACUGCACCUGUUCUAUUAUGGUGGAAGAGAAUGAGUGGGUAGUAGACUAUGCCCUGAAAAAGAGAAAUGUGAGGCUUGUGCCCACCGGCCUGGACUUUGGCCAGGAAGGUUUUACCCGUUUUCGAGAAAGGCGUUUCCAUCCCACUCUGCGUUCCACCCGACGAUUUUACCCUCAUACCCACAAUAUGGAUGGUUUCUUUAUUGCCAAGUUCAAGAAAUUCUCCAAUUCUAUCCCUCAGUCCCAAACAGGAAAUUCUGCAACAGCCACUCCUACAGACCUAGACUUGCCUGACCCAAAGAGUCAGGUCACUCCCAAGUCUGAGAACAACAGCCAACCAGCCAAGAAAGCCAAAAGGGCUGCAAAGGCAAAGCAGUUCCAGAAACGGCAGCAUCCCAAGAACGCCUCUGUACAGAAGCUGAAUGGCAUCACCAAAGGCACAGUCUCAGAAGUGUCCRCUGUACCUUCUGUCACAAAGGCCCAAGCUUCCUCCAGGCUCCCAGAUAGCACUCAGCCUGCUGGAAAAGUUGAAGUGAUCAGGAAACCAAAGGUGAUUGGGAGGCUAAGGCAACAGGCACCUAAAUUGCUCUCCUCUAAGAAAGCUGCCUUCCUGAAGCAGAAUGCCCCUCCCAAAAGCAUGGACACAGAAUCACCUGUUACACUGUCCCUUUCUCAGACUCAGGCUACCCCCAGACUUAAGGACACCGAUCAGCCCCUUGGAAAAGUAAAAGGGGACGAGAAGGUGAAGCAGCCUUUCAAGAAAGCUACCUUUCAGAAGGAGAAUGGCACCCCCAAGGGAUCUCAGAUCCCGACUGGGACUCCCCUCAAUUCUGUCCAGCCCCCACCAGCAAAGAAGAGGAAAACUGUGCCUAAGGGCAAUAGCCAGCCACUGCUGGCUUAGGUGGGUGUUGAAGACUGGACUGGGCUUGGCUCACUGGCAUUGCCAGUGGUUGGAACUGUUUGUCUACAAGGUUGCUUGCACAUUGUGCAAUUUUAUUGUGCAUACACAUGAAAUUUAAUAUACAUU